UGGAGCUGCGCGCGUCAGUCAAUCUGGCCAAUCGCGGGUCUCUUCCGCCUCCCGGGCGGCCCCGCCUCUCAGACUCCCGGCUGCAGGCAGCCGCUGGAAGUAAAGCAAGAUUUCAAGAUGGAAAGUCCAUCAGCCUCAGCUGUGGUGUUACCUAGCACUCCACAGGCUGGUGCCAAUCCACCGUCUCCUCGUACAAGCAGUUCAAGAAAACAACCUAUGAGUGCAACCCUUAGGGAACGAUUAAGGAAAACUAGAUCUUCAUUUAAUUCUUGUUAUGGUGUGGUAAAACGACUUAAAGUAGAGAGUGAAGAAAAUGAUCAGACCUUUUCAGAGAAACCAGCACCUUCAACAGAAGAAAACUGUUUGGAAUUUCAAGAAAAUUUUAAACACAUAGACAGUGAAUUUGAAGAAAGUACAUAUUUGAAAAAUACCUUCAAGAAUAUCAAUGCAUGUGCAUCUAAAUCACUUGAUUCUGAGUCAUGCAGUGAUCUCCAGAAUGACUUUAUGAGUGAGAAUCUUCCCAAACAUGGAUUAAACAAAGAAAAAGCAAAAUUGGUGAAGCAGAUUCAGGAGAAAGAAGAACUUCUUCGGAGGCUAAAACUAGUCAAAAUGUAUAGAUCAAAGAAUGACCUGUCUCAGUUACAGAUGUUAAUAAAGAAGUGGAGAAGCUGUAGCCAGCUGUUGCUUUAUGAGCUGCAGUCAGCUAUGUCUGAGGAGAACAAGAAACUAAGCCUUACUCAGCUGAUAGACCACUAUGGGUUAGAUGAUAAAUUGCUACACUAUAACAGAAAUGAAGAAGAAUUUAUAGGUGUUUAAUUCAUAAUUUUUUUCUCCAGAAUGUCUUCGUGGAUGACAAUGUAAUUAAAAGAUAUUUAUACAUUUUAAAAGGAAGAUGUAAACCAUUAGGGCUUAGAGAAAGGUAUCCUGGUGAACCUGGAUCAAUUUAGGGCCUUUGUUAUAUAAGUAUAAACUAAGUUCUAAAAUGAAAAUUUAGUGUUUUGAAUAAAUUUGCCAAAGAAAACUUUGGCAAAAGUUUUGACAGUUAAAGGUGAAAAAAUUUUUUUAAGUUAAAUCAUGAUUAAAAAAUAAUUUGGACAACUGUGGAAGUGAGUUUUAAUACAUUGUUCUAUUUAUUGUGGUAAAAGUUUUAUUUUAAAUGUUAAAAAACAGUCCAUCUAGUGAAUGUCUAAACCGAAACUUGUCUGAAAAUGCCUGCCUCUCCUAAGUUUAUGCCGCUCCUUUGUUUCCACCCAUUUACCACAUAUUUCCAUCUGGAUGGUCUAGCAGGUGAACUCAUGUGUUCAAAAUUACAUUAGUUUCUGUCUCUUCAAAUUUGU